AUGGUGAAUACUCAAGAGCUUCUGGCUCAAAUGGAGUCAGAAUAUUGUCCCCCACUCGAUAACAGUACGUUUCGUGCAAUCAUUGCAGAUUACGAUCUUUCCAACAAAGAGCAAAUUGAGACUGCGCGCAUGGUUUUGGACAUGAUAAGGAAAGAUGCAGAGUUUGAAGAAGCUACUGGCUUCGAUCCUAGUGGAACCUGGGGCGGAACAUACACAAAUAGAGGGGAAAUUUCAGCAGAGCAGAAUUCGCAGAAUGGCAAUAGCAGAAAUGAUGAUGCGAGCACAAGCAGUAAAAGUGUACCUGGAUGGAGUAGUUCUACAGACGACACAUUAAGUCAGAGAACAUCUUCACUAGAUCUUUUAGAAGGAUUGGACUUUCCUGGCAGUGAGGAUACUUACAAGGGGUCUGACUUUACGGAUUCUCUCGAGGGGAUGGAUGUGGAUAGUCAAGAGAAUUUCUUGCUUGCAACUUUCAAGACCCUGAAGCCUUUUGACGUCAAAUAUUCCCUAAAGAAGUCUAAAGGAAAUGUUAAUUUGGCAAUCGAGGAUUUGCUCAAUCUAUCAUUCCUCGAGGAAACAGGAUCGAGGAGACGUGGUAUUGAAGCUUUUUCUGAAAGUUCCGCGUCACCUAAAACCCGCAAACAAAAAGGAAAGAGAAAAGGUCGAAAGACUGAAGCCUCUGAAAGCAACUCUAUUGCAGACGAUUCGCCCCUUACUGCUGAAGCGAGUAAAUGGGAGACGGGUAGAAAAGAUGUCGAAUUUCUAUCUACCAGAACCGGCUUACCGAUGCAACAAAUCACUUCAUUGUACCACAAUAAUGGAGCAUCUGUCAAAGCGACAAUCUUAUCAAUUAUCGAAAACUACCCUGCCACUGAUAUGGAAGAGGAAGACCCAAUAAUCGAAGUUCAAGCAAUGGAACUCGGGGAAGCUUUUCCUUCAGUUAAACCCUCCCAUAUACUCAUUCUCACUCAAAUGACAUAUCCAUAUACAGCCAAUGCACGUGAAUUGGCAAACGCACUCAUAUCGACUCCCGUCUCCAAAUCUGGCAAACCAAACCUUCAAAUCGAAAUUCGACAUACGCCCCUCGUUAUUGACCCCUCACCCACGGUUUUAUCCGCCUCAAAACAAUACUCUUUAAACGCCAUCUACCCCACCCAUUCCACCUCGUCUAAUCCUGGUACACCACUCUCUCCCUCCACAGACGCAAGCCCUCACAUCAACGCGCGCAACACUGCUUUUCAAAAAGCAUCUGCUGCAUACAAGAAAUCCAGAUCUAAUCCUCUAAUGGGCGGCGCAGCAGCCUAUUACUCCCAACAAGGACGAGAUGCCAACGUUCGUGUUAAAGAUGCCGAAAGUGCAGCCGCAGACGAAUUGGUCAUGAGUCAAUGCUGGAACGGUGGUAUAGAUUUACACGGAGUUGGAGUCCGAGACGCAGUGAGAAUUGCAAGAGAGAAAGUAACCAUGUGGUGGGUUUCGGAGGAACGGAGAAGACUCGGCGGUGGAUACAUACGAGCGGGACCACAAGAAGGAUUUAAAAUCGUAACGGGCGUGGGAAAUCAUAGUGAAGGUGGAAAAGGGAAGUUGGGACCUGCAGUAGCGAGAAUGUUGAUUAAAGAAGGGUGGAAGGUACAGGUUGGGAGUGGUGCCUUGCUUGUUACGGGGGUGGCGAGGAAGUAG